AUGAUUAUAACACUAAAAAACUUGCAGCAGCAGACGUUUACAGUAGAAAUUGAUCCAUCGCAAACAGUAAGUAUAAUAUAGUAAAUAUAAAAUAUGUAGCUUUUCAAAUAUAAUAAAUUUUUAAUUGUAUCUUUUUUAGGUAAGAGAUUUGAAACAAAAGAUCGAAACUCAAAAAGGUUUUCCUGCUAAAUAUCAAAAGUUAAUAUAUGCUGGUGAGCGAUAUGACUUACAUAACCUUAUUCUCACUUAAUUGUAAAUUUGUUAAUAUAUUUACUAAUUUAUAAGCUAAUUAGAUUUUUCGUUAAAUUUAUUUUAAUAACCAUUAUUUAUAAAAAUGCAAGACGUUCAAAUUAUGUGAAUUUUUACUAAUGUUAUUGUUAUUAUAAUGAUGAUUAUAUAUUAAUAUAUAGCAUUAUUUUCACAGGAAAAAUAUUAACAGAUGAUCAUCCAUUAGCAGAAUAUAAUAUAGAUGAAAAGAAAUUUAUAGUUGUUAUGGUAACAAAACUUAAGACUGGUAAUGGCCAUACAACGACUGAAGAAGAACAUACUACAAGUACAGAUAAUAAAGAAGAAAGUAGUACAACUAGCUCAGUAGCACAACUUAGUUCAAAUCCUAAUGUUCAGGGUGUAUCAAACCCUGCUAACACUGUACAAGAGCAAUCUGAAACAAAUACUACUGCUGGAUGUGUUGGAGGUCAAGCUGAAAGUGCCUUGUUGAUGGGUGAAGAUUACAAUACUAUGGUGAACAAUAUUGUGGAUAUGGGGUACGAACGUGAACAAGUUGAACAAGCGUUGAGAGCAAGUUUCAACAAUCCUGAUAGGGCUGUUGAGUACCUUUUAACAGGAAUACCAGCUCAGCUUUUUGAAGAUUUACCAGAAGAUCAACUUGAAGCACAAGAACAACUUCAAGAUCAUGGUCAACAUCCAUUAGCAUUUUUGAGAAUGCAACCACAAUUUCAACAAAUGCGUCAAGUCAUUCAACAAAAUCCUCAGUUAUUAAACGCUGUUCUACAACAAAUUGGUCAGACUAAUCCUGCAUUGUUACAACUGAUUUCACAAAAUCAAGAAGCAUUUGUGCGUAUGCUUAAUGAACCUGUAGAAACUACUGGUGGUACAGGAGGAAGAACUACGCCUGUAUCUGCAUCUAAUGUUACACCAGCAACUGCUCCUGGUGGUAUAAGUGGUGGUCUUGGUGCAGGUAUAGGAACAGGAUCAGAUGUAGAAGCUUCUGUAAUUCAGGUAACACCACAGGAUAGAGAAGCUAUUGAGAGGUUGAAGGCACUAGGAUUUCCCGAGCAUUUAGUUGUACAAGCCUAUUUUGCGUGUGAAAAAAACGAAAAUCUUGCUGCUAAUUUUCUGCUAUCACAAAGUCUCGAUGACUGAAGUAACGCACUUUAUUGAUUAUAAGAAGUUAAAGGACUGAUAUAGGGUGGGUAAUUACACAGGCGUUUUGUUAUUUUGAACUGGUCAUCUUUACUUUGUACAUAAGUAUGCACAGAUAUUUAUAUUAUUAUAUUAAUCUUUUAGUUAGACGUUAA